GUGUUAUUCCCGUCAGCUCGGUGGUGAAGAGGAGGAGCAGCGGUGCUCACUCAGAGGAUGCGGGGAGACCUGAGACAUCCUCCGCCUCCGAGCAUCACCUCGUCCUCCGUCCGUCCGACCACAGGACCUUUUCCACUUGAGCCAGCGGCAUCAUGGGAAGUUCCAGCUCCUCCCUCGUCGAAGAGGCCGAGGGUGAAGUCGCCCCCCGGGGUGCGGCUCUCGCCCCGUCCCCCGUCAUGGGCUGUCUGAGGAGCAGCCAGAGCACCUUCCUCCCCCGGCAGCUCCCCAGACCGGGCCGGCACCGGGAGCGCAGCUUCUCUUCGGGUUCGAUGCCCAUGCAGCAGAGUCAGUGGGCUUGUGUCUGCUGUACCUUCCUGAACGCAGCCAGCGCCCCCCGCUGCUCCAUCUGCGAAGCCCCCCGGCGACGGUCCGACGUGAUGUGGCCCGGGACCGGCAGGGGUGAAGCUCGCUGGUCCUGCCCACGCUGUACGCUGGCAAACCCCCCCGACAGCCUGACCUGCUCUCUCUGCAGCUACACCGGGACGCCGGAGCGACGCCGGGACCGGUCGGGAGACCAGCUCCGCCCCCGGGACUCGUCCGGAGACCAGCCCCGACCCCGGCGCUCCAGCAGCUGCUCUGGCCCCCUGAGGCCUCUGUGGACUGAGCCACGCCGGCAGCAGAACGGGAAACCGCCCGGAGACGCUGGCGAACGUAGCCUGGCCUGGGAAUGUGUGAGGUGCACUCUGCAGAACACCCCGACCUCCAUGUCCUGCUCGGCCUGUGGCGGGCCACGCAAACUGUCUCUCCCCCAAAUCCCCGCUGACGUCUUACACGUGCCUGAUGUCUGCAACCAAACAGGAACGCACCAACCUGAACCUUCAGCGGCGGCACAUUCGCUUUCCACAUCGGCCAGAGGAGAGUAUUUACCUGUGGAGACUUCCUAUCCGAACGCAGACUCCUCAUCAGGUCAGAACCAUCCGGUUCCCUGCAGCCGCAGAGAGGUGCCGCCUCCAGAUGUUUGCCUCAGUCAGGCACAUAACGUCAGUCCUUCUCCUUCGACCCUGUCGGCCCCGCCGGAGCUCCUGCCCGGCCGCCGCCUCAGCAUCCUCAAAGAGGAACUGUCGCCGCUGUCUCCUGCACCUGAAGCCUCCGGGUCGUUCCCCCCCUGCGUGGUCUCCGUCAGCAGGAUGGAGGAGUGGGCGUGUCCGGCGUGCACUCUCAUCAACAAGCUGGAAGCCAAACACUGCCUGGCCUGCCACACGCCGCAGCCGCACGCCACGCGACUCCAACCGGCCGCCGCCCAGAGGAGGAAGGAGAGCGUCCUGGUGGAGACGCUGCGCCAGAGCGAUGAGGGACAGGCCAAGGAACUGUGGGAGAACAUCGUCCGCUUCUGCAGGGAGAACGUGGUGACGUUCGUGGACGACAGUUUCCCUCCCAGUCCAAAGUCCGUCGGCUUCCCGCCGGACGACGGCGUCCAGCAUCGGGUCAAAAAGUGGCUCCGCCCCCAAGAGAUCAGCUGCAGCAGCUUCAGAGACCGCGCGGUGAAGUGGUCCGUGUUUCGAACGCUUCGCGCUUCCGACAUCCUGCAGGGACUUCUGGGUAACUGCUGGUUCCUGAGUGCCCUGGCGGUUCUGGCCGAACGUCCCGAGCUGGUGGAGAAAGUGAUGGUGACCCGCUCGCUGUGCGCAGAGGGAGCCUAUCAGGUGCGUCUGUGCAAGGACGGCUCGUGGACUACGGUGCUGGUGGACGACAUGCUGCCGUGCGACGACAACGGACACCUCCUCUUCUCGCAGGCUCAGAGGAAGCAGCUCUGGGUAGCUCUGAUAGAAAAAGCUCUGGCAAAGCUCCACGGCUCCUACUUCGCGCUGCAGGCCGGCCGCGCCAUCGAGGGCCUGUCCACGCUGACCGGGGCCCCCUGCGAGUCGCUGGCCCUCCAGCUCAGUGCCACCAACCCCAAGGAGGAGCCCAUCGACACGGACCUCAUCUGGGCCAAAAUGCUGAGCUCCAAAGAGGCGGGUUUCCUGAUGGGGGCGUCGUGUGGCGGCGGCAACAUGAAGGUGGACGACGCUCAGUACGAGUGUCUUGGUUUACGUCCACGACAUGCAUACUCUGUCCUGGACGUGCGCGACGUGGAGGCUCACAGAUUACUGCAGCUGCGGAACCCGUGGGGUCGGUUCUCCUGGACCGGACCCUGGGCAGACGACUGGCCAGACUGGCCUCCGCACCUGAAGAGGGAGCUGUGCGCCCAGCGAGCGGAGGACGGAUUGUUCUGGAUGGACUUCUGGGAUUUCAUCAGGUACUUUGACUCAGUGGACAUCUGUAAGAUUCACUCCGACUGGCAGGAACUCCGGGUUCCGGGUGUUUUCCCCCGAGGGGCCGACGUCCCGGUGACGGCGGUGUCCGUGACGGUGCUGGAGAGGACGGCUGUGGAGCUGGCGUUGUUCCAGCAGGGCAGCAGGCGCUGGGACACGGCGGAGAGCCACCUGCUGGAUCUGUGUGUGCUGGUGUUCCGCGCCGCCUACGACACGUCCGGGACGCUGACGCUGGGUCGCCUGUUGGCUCACAGCCGCCGCUCGGUGAGGAGGUUCGUGGGCUGCGACGUCAUGCUGGAGCCGGGCGAAUACGCCGUGCUCUGCUGCGCCUUCAACCACUGGCACGGCCCCGUCGCCGAGGGGACGAUGAGCGGCGGCGGAGCUGAUCUGCCUGGUUACACGCUGGCGGUCUACAGCUCCAGGCUGGUGAUGGUGGAGCAGGUCACCGCCUCCAACACCACCAUCGCCGACGCCAUCAUCCAGCUGACGGAGACCAAAGGAGAGAGACAUGAGGGUCGGGAGGGGAUGACCUGUUACUACCUGACCCACGGCUGGGCGGGGCUUAUCGUCAUGGUGGAGAACAGACACCCUCGACAUCACCUGCACGUGUCCUGCGACUGCAGCGACAGCUUCAACGUGGUGUCGACACGCAGCUGCCUGAAAACCAUCGACAGCAUCCCUCCUCUGCACAGACAGGUGCUGGUGGUUUUGUCUCAGCUGGAGGGAAACGCUGGAUUCUCCAUCACUCACCGAUUGGCUCAUCGUAAAGCCGUCCAGGCGUCUCUGGGGAACUGGAGUCCGUCCAAGGUGACGCACAGUCCGGAUCUGAGCCCGGAGACGGCAGGUCUGCACCGGCCGCGUCCGGUCUGACCGCCGUCAGGACGCCGGGUCAGGACACCGGGUCAGGACACGUUUGUACGGAGGCAGCUUCUUCAACCGGACGGGAAAAUGUCCCAGAAAAGUUGGAUGUUCUUUUUAUACAAAGAGACAAAGACCGACAGAUGUUGAUUUUUGGAACUGAUACGAUGUUAAGGAGUCAAAAGUAUAAAAAUGUAUUACAAAGAGAAUUGGCAAUAAUUCCUGAUAACGUCUUUAUCAAAGCCUUAUGACAGAGUGAGAACAUUUGUUUUUCUGACGGCGAAUCCUUUCAGGCCACAGGUGAGAAGAUUCACCUGCGUCGACACGAGGAGGAAACACACGUGAUGCACUUUACAGCCUCCAUCGUCAUCACUGGAUCUUCAUCUCUGUUGCCAGAUGAGGAGAUGUUAUCAUCUGAAACAGAUUUCUGACCUGCAGGACGUUUGAAUAAAGUCUUUUACUUUCAAGUCGUCGCAUCUGCACUUUAUGAACUUCAUGAUGCUGGAUUCUCCUGCUGUUUUAAACCUGGACACAUAUUUUAUUCUCAUGAAUCUAAAACUAGCGUCAUGUUGUCAGAGAGAAGAUAAAAAAACCCAACAACUAUGCAAACGUUUGAUCAAUUACAAUGUGUGUCGCUCUUUAUUUAUAUCUUUAGUUGUGAUUUGUCUAAUUUUACAUUUUCUGUCUGUUCAGCCAAUGAAAAUAAAAAGAUUGUUGC